UCUCCUUCGCUCCCCCUUCCACUUUCGCCUGAAGGCAUCUCCUUCGCGCCGGAAACCUCGCGAUAGAGUCAUGCUCUAAAUCCGUUACCAGAGAGCCCCUAGAUGCGAGCUUCGAUUGGUUCUGCCCUCCGCCUCUUUCGACUAUCCUCGCUUCAUCGAGUUCCGCCUUCAUCUUCUUUCUUCAAAUUCUUCUGUCCAGUAAGUGCUCCACAUCCCAUCCUUCUGCUUUGCAUGGACAAGGGGAACCCAGCUGAUUCCCAUCACUCGAAGCCCUUCUCCUCUUCAGCCACCUCCAGCAAAAGAAGCGGGAGAGGGCGGGGGAGGGAUUUCAGUAAGGGAGAUUCUGUCGGCGGUGAGGACCAUCGGAUUGAUGCCCUUGGUCGACUAAUGACUAGGAUUCUUCGUCAUAUGGCUGCUGAGGUGAACUUGGAAAUGAGAAGUGAUGGGUUUGUUCGUGUUGGCGACUUGUUGAAGCUGAAUCUAACUACGUAUGCUAAAGUGCCGCUAAGAGCACACACUAUUGAGGAUGUGAAGGAGGCUGUGCGAAGAGAUAAUAAGCAAAGGUUUAGCCUCCUGGAGGAAAAUGGAGAACUCCUUAUCCGAGCAAAUCAAGGUCAUUCAAUUAAGACUGUCACUUCCGAAAGUCUGUUAAAGCCCAUAUUAUCAGCGGAUGAACUACAAGUUUGUGUUCAUGGAACCUAUAAGAAGAACCUAGAAUCCAUUUUACAAUAUGGUCUGAAACGCAUGGAAAGGCUACAUGUACACUUUGCAAGUGGAUUGCCCUCAGAUGGAGAAGUAAUUAGUGGUAUGCGAAGAGAUGUCAAUAUGUUGAUCUUCUUGGACUUGAGAAAGGCAUUGCAAGAUGGAAUGAGGUUCUAUGUUUCGGACAACAAAGUCAUACUGACAGAGGGUUUUGAUGGCAUAGUUCCAGCAAAGUAUUUUGAGAAGAUGAUAACUUGGCCUGGGAGACACAACAUACCCUUUGGACAAAUAUAAUGAGUAAGAGUUUCCUGCUUUUAUGUUCUAUUUAUGUUGCAUUUUAUUUAUAAAUUGUAUGGCUUUUUAAUUUACUUUUAAUAUUUAUAAUUUAUGGGAUAAUUUACAUACAAACCACCUGAAAUAUUGAUAUUUACAAAUUAAGCACCGGGGGAUCUUUCUGAACCGCCAAACCGUUGUAUUUACACGUGUCACUAUCAAACUGUUGAGAAUUUGAUAAAAAUGGAAAAUAUGG